UAAAUAUAAAGUGAUUAUGGUGAAGACCUGGCGAAGACCCACCCACUGUGCAUUGUGAAAAGGUCUGAGUUGCAGAGCUCUGGAGCUUUCAGCGGGAUUUUGAGUUGCAGAGUUCUAAUGGCGUUGCUCUUUUGAAUCUUGCAUUUCCUCUCUUCCUUUGGAGCUUUCAUAGUGUUUGUGGUGUGAAGCUUGAGUUGCAGGGCUUCAAGGUUCCACAUAUUUUGAAGAUUGGGUUUUGAGGUUUUAGAGUAUAUUGGUUUUCAAUAAAGUGGUUUGCUAUUAUGGUGAGAGGGUUGAGUUUUUCAUGGGGGUGUGUGAUGUUGCAGAGCUUUAAUGGCGUAUUUUCUUUUUGGGACUCUUAUGGAUUGUGAAUGGGUGGCUGAGCAAGCAAGAGAGGAGCUACAAAAGCUUGAAAGUGAUCAUCCCAAUAGAUUUGGUUUUCUGAAAAAGGAGUUUCAAGCUUUGCUCACUCAGGCUAACCCCCCUGCUUCCUCUGCAACUACUGCAGUUUCAUCUAAUAGAAAGAGAAAGGCAAUAGACAAAGAUUAUUGCUAUAAUGGCGAUAAUAGCAAUGUAAGAAAAUGCAAGCAUAAAAAGAGGAAGAAAGAAGAAAAAGAGGAGGAGAGGUCAAGAGGAAGAGAUAGCGCGGAUUCAGCUAUUGAGAGGGCUCAAGCUUGCCUUAACAAACUACGACAGUUCAAAGACUUCAUCAAGAAUCAUAGUCGCACUGCACUUUAGUUUUCAAUGCUCUCUCUCUCUCUCUCUCUCUCUCUCUCUAUUUGAAUGUAUGUUUUUUUGUCAAGUGAAAAUGAGACAAGAGGCUCCUUAUUUAACUGCCAUUGCUAAUAGUAGUUUAAAGUCUUCAGAUUUGACACUGUGUUGCUUCUUAAUUUAUCCCUACACACCAGAAAGCUGUUUGCUUUCGUCGAUGCCUCCUGCUUUUUU